AUGGCGACAAGUAAGAGAGCUCCCGCUAACUACAAUGCCGAGGGCGAUGCCAACAAUCUAAAGAAGGCAAUGAAAGGUCUUGGGACGGACGAAGAAACCAUAAUAAACAUCCUAGGAUAUCGUUCUAACGCACAGCGACAGGAAAUAAAGAAAGUAUACCAUGCGUUGUUUGGAAAGGAGUUGGUGAAGGAUUUGAAAAGUGAGUUGGGAGGGAACUUUGAAAAAGUCAUUAUGGCUAUGAUGAUACCACCUGAAGAAUACGACGCUGCUGAACUCAAACGAGCGAUGAAGGGCAUUGGUACAAACGAGGAUGUAUUGAUAGAAAUUAUGUGCAGCCGUUCAAAUGAUGAAUUUCGCGCGAUAAGCAAAGCUUAUGAAUCAAAAUACAAGAACAUCUUAGAAAAAGACAUUAAAAGUGAUACAUCAGGAGAUUUUAAAAGACUGUUGGUUUCCCUGGCAACAUGCAAUCGUCAAGAGGACAAAAAUGUGGACUUGCAAAAAGCUGAAACUGAUGCCAAGAGAUUACAUGACGCGGGUGAAAAAAUGUGGGGUACAGACGAGGCCGUGUUUAAUUCCAUAUUAGUGCUACAAAGUUAUCCACAGCUCAGGGCUGUGUUCGAUCAGUAUUCCAAGAUAGCCAAAAAAGACAUAGAGGACUCGAUCAAGAGUGAAAUGUCAGGAGAUGUAAAGGCAGGAAUGUUGGCUGUAGUUAGAGUUGUCAAAAAUAAAGCUGCGUUUUUUGCAAAAAAGCUUCACGAUUCUAUGAAGGGGGCUGGAACAGAUGACGACGACUUGAUCAGAAUAAUUGUGUCAAGGUCAGAUAAAGACAUAAGUGAAAUCAAAAAAGAGUUUCAGAAGAUCUAUGGCAAGACUCUGGAGGAAUUUAUCAAGGGUGAUACUUCGGGAGAUUACAAGAAGAUUUUGUUGGCACUUAUCUCUUGAGGGGAAAAAACUUCAUUUGGAGAGCUCAAAGAGAGUGUUGUGUUGGGUGAAAAUAAGAAAUGCAUCUA